AUGUGUAGAAAAAGGAAAUUAAUAUCAAUGCUAAAAAGAGGAAAAAUGGCUUCGCAGGAUCAGGUGGCGGCCAAGCGUUUGAAUUUGGAAAAGGCGACGAACUUUAUGCGGCAAUUCCGAGAUCCACAGUCGAGGGAACUGAAAAAACUGUCGGCUAAUCAAUUCAUGGAGGUUUGGAGCCAUUAUGACAAAGAUGGAAACGGGUACAUCGAAGGAGUGGAAUUAGAUGGGUUUUUAAGAGAGUUCGUGUCUAGUGCUAAUGUGUCGGAUGUCGGCCCUGAGGUGGUGUCUGACGAAAUGUUAAUAGAAUUGAAAUCCUGCUUCAUGGAGGCGUACGACGACAAUCAAGACGGAAAGAUCGAUAUAAGAGAACUCGCUCAACUCUUGCCUAUGGAGGAGAAUUUUCUGCUGUUGUUUCGAUUCGAUAAUCCUUUAGAAUCCAGCGUGGAAUUCAUGAAGAUAUGGAGGGAAUACGAUACAGACGGAAGCGGGUACAUCGAAGCCGACGAACUGAAAAACUUCCUGCGCGACCUUUUGAAAGAAGCGAAAAGGAUGAACGACGUCUCAGAAGACAAACUUAUCGAAUAUACGGACACAAUGCUCCAAGUUUUCGACUUCAAUAAAGACGGUCGACUGCAAUUAUCCGAAAUGGCAAAAUUACUGCCGGUUAAAGAAAAUUUCCUAUGCAGACAAGUAUUUAAGGAGGGUGGUAUCGAAGGCGCCACGAAGCUCACUAGGGCCGAUAUCGAAAAAGUAUUCGCCCUUUACGACAGGGAUAACAACGGAACCAUCGAAAACGAGGAGUUGCGAGGAUUUCUGAAAGACCUGCUGGAGUUAGUCAAGAAAGAUUACGACGCUCAAGACCUUCAAGACUUCGAGGAAACCAUACUGCGAGGAGUGGAUUACAGCCAGAACGGCAAGGUGAACAAGAAGGAGCUCACGAUGAUAUUGUUAACAAUCGCAAAAUACAAUCAAGAGGAGGAAGCCACAUCGACAUCGUCUACAUAA